AUGUCUCUCACAAAUAUCGAAACCGAGGCUUUCGUCGUAGCCGAGCCAAAGGCGCCCUUCAAGCUCACGCCAAUUAGUCUCGACGAGGUUCGCGAAAAGGAAAUACUCGUUGAAAUGAAAUACUCCGGAAUCUGUCACACGGACAUUGUCGUGCAACAAGGCCUCCUACAGCACCUAACAGAGUACCCAGUCGUCCUGGGCCACGAGGGCGCAGGCAUCAUCAGGGCCAUUGGCUCAAACGUCAGGGACAAAUCGCUCAAAGUGGGUGACCAGGUCCUCCUGUCGUACACGACCUGCCAGAGCUGCGGGCCCUGUCUCGAGGACCGCCCGACGUUCUGCAGGACGCACACGGAGAUCAACUUCAACGCCGUGCGGGUCGACGACAAGAGCACGCCGGCGCGGCUGGCGGAUGGUAAGACGACGGUCAGGAGCCAGUUCUUUGGGCAAUCCUCGUUCGCGAGGCUGUCUGUCGUCCAGGAUUUCAGCGUGGUCAAGUGCCCCGUCGAGGAUAUGUUGCCCUACUACGCGCCGCUCGGGUGCGGCUUCCAGACCGGUGCCGGGACGGUGCUAGAGGCCGUCAAGCCCACGAAGAGUUCACGUGUCGUUGUUUUUGGCCUGGGGAGUGUCGGUAUCGCCGCCCUCAUGGCUGCCGUGCAUCUGGAGGUCAAGCAGAUCAUUGGUGUUGACAUUGUGGAUAGCAGAUUGGAGCUAGUCAAGGAGCUGGGAGCGACGGAUGUGAUUAACUGCAUCACGGAGGGCGAUAACCUGGUCAAUCGACUGAGAGAGAUCACCGAGGGCGGUGCCGAUGUGACUAUUGACUGCAGUGGGUCGCCUUCUGCCCUGCAAGCUGCGGUAGACUGCUUGGGUCAUGGCGGUCAAGCUAUUUCGGUUGGUGUGCCUCCUCCAGGGGUGAAGAUCGAUAUCGAGACGCAAUCAUUCUUUAUGGCGCAUAAGAGCUACAGAUCUGUGAUUGAAGGUGAAGUAAAUCCAACCAAGUUCAUUCCUGAGCUCAUUGAGCUCCAUCGAAAGGGCAGGUUCCCCGUCGAUAAGCUUUGCAAGGUGUACUCUAUUAAAGACUUUGACCAAGCUGUUAAAGACAUGCAUGACGGUAAAGUCAUCAAACCAAUCAUCAAGUGGGAUUAA